CUUGUUGCAGUGGUCGUACUUUGAAGCCUCAAUAGGGACUGCAGAUCCUGAGGAAGACAACUGGCAACGAAUUCCAGAUAGGAAUUGGGUGCUCGCAUAAAGUACAUCAGUGCAUGCCUGAGAUACUGGCGAAAUACUCGUGAUGUUUCCCCACGGGCUGUUCAUUGGUUUGCGUUUAUUUCCCGCCUCUGCUACCUCGAGUUUACGAUGGUCACUCUCCGAGUUACGGCGUAACACUGUCACCGAACUAACUCAGGUAUGUCACGGAACAAGAAGAUGCAGUGAACUUUCCAAGCUAGUUCAUCGCGAGACAGAUGAUCAUGAUAGUGAGAGACUAAAAUGUACUCAAAAGUCACAACCAGCUACCUUAGAUUCACUUCGGCUGUCAUCCGAGGAGGUAUCCCAUUACCUUCGGCACACACUCGGAAUCCCUUCGGCCCACACGAAGCUAAAACAAGAUCGCCUCCGACUACUUCGGGAAAUCACGCUGAAGACCCACUUUCGGCAGCCAUUCCAGAAUAUUACCAACACGUAUGCUAUUCCACUGUCUGAGAGGAAAAUCCCUUCUGUCAACGAGAUUAAAGAGGCGAUGCUUCAAGGUCAAGGUGGAGUCUGUUAUGAACUUAAUAUAUUCACGAAUAGACUUCUAGCUGCAUUGGGAUACAGCGUUCACCUGAUUGGUGGAAAGUUCAUGGGCCAUGACAGAUAUCACGUGACCAACAUUGUGCGCGAUGCCGAGGUCAAAGGUCAAUGUCAUCUCGUCGAAGUAGGUGCAUCGGAUCCGACGUUCUACCCUAUUCCGCUUAACUUCGGUGAAGACAGUCCGGUGUACCAAGACUCUUUUCUCGUUUACAGAUUCAAACUGAUUGGUCAGAAGUACCUGCAACGCUAUCACGUGAUUCGCCAAGGUGACCUUGACAUGGCUCUUCUUGAUGACCACGCCCACUCGUCCAACUGGAGAUUGAUAUCGGAAAUGGAUAUCGAUACUGAUUGCGAUCUGGAACACUUCAAGGAGCCGAUGUCGUACGUUUUCAACGCUCUUCCGCGACCAAAACUGAAAAUGUUUGAAGAGGGGAUGUUUGCAAUGAUUUACAAAGAAGGGAACAUGGUUUACAUCAAAGACAAUCAUUGUUACGUGGAAAAGGGAGAUUCGAUCGAGCGUAGGGUCAUGGACACGAUGGAACAAGUGCUUGAAGCAUACGGCCAAUUCAUGCCCAUGAUACCACAAGAAAAGAUACGGAUGGGACUGGGUAAUAGAAACUUGACAUUCGAGCCUCUAGGCGAAGAGCAGAGUGUUACUUUUCAUCCGAUUGCAAGGGAUGACAAUGCUGUCAAUCUUUCUCAAACUUAUUUAACCAAGUAGACCUAUUCCUUCCAGAAAAACUUUAUGAAAUUAUCAUGAUUACGAUUGAAGGAACUACAAUCUCGGAAUCUCAAAAUGAUUUUUUUUGUUGUAAGAAACUAAAAGAAAGAAACGCAUAUCAUUCGGAAAAUGAAUAUAUUGUUGCAUAACAUAAAUGCAUAUGAGUUGUAAACAAAUUUUCGGCAUUACUCCUAUGUAUUUAAGAUCGCAUGCUCGAUCUUUAAAGGUAUUGUUUAA